UUAGACUCAGUCAGAAGGGGGAUCAAUAUGAGGACAAAUACUUUCUUUGUGGGGGUUUUAUUAAUUGUGAAUGGUGUGUUUGGUGUUGAUGCAGAAGUGAAGUCAGUAUCAGUGAUGGUGGGAGAUUCAGUCACUCUACAUACUGAUGAUACUGAAGUACCAAGGGAUAGUAAGAUAAUAUGGAAGUUUGGUGAUGAAAUCAUUGCUAAAAUGAAUGAAGCAGGUGCAAAUCCCUCUACAUGUGAUGGCCCCGGUGCAAUAUUCAAAGACAGACUGAAGCUGGACAAACAGACUGGAUCUCUGACCAUCACAAACAUCAGAACUGAACACAUUGGACGUUAUAGUGUAGACAUCAGGAGCAUAACUGCAAAACUGAAGACAUUUCAAGUUACUGUUCAUGAUGUUGUGGAGUCAGUGUAUGUGAUGGAGGGAGAUUCUCUCACUCUACACAAUGGUGUUAAAGUACAGGGAUCUGAUCAGAUUGUGUGGAAGUUUGAAGAUCAAGUCAUCCCUAUUGCUUACUUAAAUAGCCCUGAUGAGACACAAUGGAGAAACAUUCAUCUGAAGGAUCAGACCCAAGACCUCGUCUUCAGCAACAUCCGAAGCGAACAAACUGGAGUUUAUACAGUGGAGAUCAACACCAUCAGCAUGGUCUUGCACAGAAAAUACUAUAUUGCUGUUGUUGUGACAGUUGGUGGGAAGACAGUAUCAGUGAUGGAGAGAGAUCCUGUCAAUCUAGAUACUGGUGUUCUUGAAAUACAGGGAUAUGAUCUGAUACUGUGGAAGACUGGAGGUAAUAUUGUGGCUGAAAUCAAUAAAGGUGACAAUAUAUUUGGACCUAGAGAUGAAGAUGAUCGGAGAUACGGUGGCAGACUAUAUCUUCAUCGUAAGACUGGAGAUCUCACUAUCGGUGACUCCAAAACCACAGACUCUGGAGAUUAUCAUCUACACAUGAGCAACAGUGAAUACACCUUACAGAGGACCAUCAGAGUUACUGUCAAGACUUCACCUCAGUCAGGUGCUCCUUCAGGGAUAUAUGGUGCUGGUGUUGGUCUGGUAGUUUGGGCUGUAACUGUGUUUUUUGCUGAAAGAUUUGUGGACAACGAAAUCAAAGGUAUUUCAGUGAAAAUAAAGUGA